UCCCUCGCGCACAGACACACAAACGCGCACCCGUCCCUCUUCGCCCCUCACAUCCCACCAGAAGAUGUGAAUGUGGACGGUCCCUAUAUUCCGCUCCGUGGGUGAGCGACGCGCCAGUGAGGCGGAGCGAGCGAGGACGGAGCGGAGCGGAGCGCACAACGCCGGUCACCAGUGUUCUGGUGCCAUGCACGUUUGCCAGAAAACCUGUGGAUGUUUAGAUUAAAGAAGAGAAAACAACUUCGCUUUUAAAACACUUCCAUGCACGUGAUUGUAUUUAAUCCACGGGAUUUUCUGUUGCGCGCAAAAGUGGCCAUGGCGCGUUUUACGCACCGCAACUAACUAGUGUUUUGGGAGCUCGCGUGACCGAAAAGAUGGAUUAGAGGACGGGCACCCGUUUCCCCUUCACGUCGGGAGCAGUUCAAAUGGCGGCACUUCGCAGGAAAUUUGGCGAAGACUACCAGGUGGUGAACACCAACCGGGCGACCACUUUUUCUGCGCCGGUCAAGAAGAAGCGCCAGCGGUUCGUGGAGAAGAACGGCCGUUGUAAUGUGCAGCACGGGAACCUCGGCGGAGAGACGAGCCGGUACCUGUCGGACCUCUUCACCACUUUGGUGGACCUGAAGUGGCGAUGGAACCUGCUCAUAUUCAUCCUGACUUACACCAUCGCCUGGUUGGUGAUGGCUUCCAUGUGGUGGAUCAUCGCUUACAUCCGGGGGGACCUCAAUCACGGCCACGACCCGUCUUACACCCCGUGCGUGGCCAAUGUUUACAACUUCCCGUCGGCUUUUCUUUUUUUCAUCGAGACCGAGGCCACCAUCGGCUACGGCCACCGCUACAUCACGGAGAAGUGCCCGGAGGGCAUCAUCCUCUUCUUAUUCCAGUCGCUGCUGGGCUCCAUAGUGGACGCCUUCCUCAUCGGCUGCAUGUUCAUCAAAAUGUCCCAACCGAAAAAACGCGCGGAGACGCUCAUGUUCAGCCAGGACGCAGUGAUUUCUCAGCGAGACGGGAAACUGUGCCUCAUGUUCCGCGUGGGCAACCUGCGGAACAGCCACAUGGUGUCUGCGCAGAUCAGGUGCAAACUGAUCAAGUCUCGCCAGACGCCGGAGGGCGAGUUCCUGCCGCUGGACCAGUGCGAGCUGGACGUGGGCUUCGGGACGGGCGCCGACCAGCUCUUCCUGGUGUCCCCGCUCACCAUCUGCCACGAGAUCAACCCCAAGAGCCCGUUCUUCGACCUCUCCCAGCGCUCGCUCGCCAACGAACAGUUCGAGAUCGUGGUGAUACUGGAGGGCAUCGUGGAGACCACCGAAGGUGGAGGAAGACAACACACGACAAUGCAAAUAUGAUGGAAUUAUGAGGACUCUUGUGCUGAGACAUUCUUUGCAUAAUGAAAUCCCGUGGACAUGGACGUUUAUGGCGGUUUGAUGAACGAGUCCCAGUGGUUCCUCUGGGAUCUUUCAGAUCUCAGCCGAGGUGGUUUGAGCCCAGGAUGUGGAGCCACGUCUUCACACUCUCAGCCAUAACAAGGCCCUCUCUGCUGUAUUCAACACAACCAUUCAUCCCCGAAUACAAAUAAAUCCAUCUGCCUCCUUUCUUUCUUUUGCCCAUCUCCCCUAUCCCUCACUGCUGUAGGAGGAACCACGGAGCUGAACGGGCUUAGAGUGGGAGGGAGGGAGGGAGGGAUCAGCAGGGAAGCGCGGAGGCAGGCGGCACGCUCUGUGCUCUGGUGAUAAUACUAUUAAAUCACGGUGCAGCCAGAGGUUUAAUGUCGCGGCGCUGUGGCUCUUAGAGCCGAGAGGCAGACGAGGGAAGCCCCCGGCAGUAUCACCUCCAACGGGCCAGCAGAUCCCGCAUCCUGGUGCGGGACCGCAUCCCAUUAGCUUUAAGUCAUGGAGAUUUACCCCUCACGUCCUGCUGACACAGCUGUUCGGGCUUGUUGAUGAUCUCCCCAACACAUUCCCGACGCCUCCGAAGCAAACAGACAGAUUACCGAGCAUCCGGUAGCAAAUAGAGAGGCAGCGACUGUAGUGAUCAGAGGUGUGUGACACGUCGACACACCGCCUAGAUCCAAUUAGGUAGUAAGGACUACUUGAACCCAGCCUGAUGCGGCGCUCGGUUUCUACAACAAGACCCUCAACUCUCAGUGACUGGCCUGGCGAGUGUUUGCAUUGAGAGAUGAACCUUAAUCAGCUGCUUGAGAAUUCACACGAUGCAGCUGUUCGCUUUAUGGGACUCAAAAAUACACCUAGGGAUUCAGUGUUUGGUGAACUGCUACGGCUCCAGUGCAGGUGACAACAGGCGCAAAGUUGAAGCCGAGCCGCUGAGUCAGAUAAAAUACGGACCAAGUGCUUAUUGAUCAGUGGAAGGACCUCCGGCAAGCAGCCAAAUACCAGGAAAAUUAUGUCACAGUAUCUGAGCUCUGAUAGAAAACUGUUCAUUUACGCCGCAGCACUUAAAACAGUGUCUGUGGAGACGACGACUCCCGCUGCCAAGUAGCUGCUAAUUCCUUUAUAUCAGAUUUAAAGAAGCCGUUAGCACUCACAUCAGCAGGGGUUUCACUUUUUUUACAUGUCCUGUAUCUUCUAUUCAAAAUGUGGAAACAGAGGGGUAAUAAAAGCGCUGCCCGGAGUGAAAUCGCCGGUAUGCGACUAAAUUGAAGUGUACGGUAGAGUGCACAGGAAGCAGCAAUAAAGAGCGGCGGAGCAGGGAGGGAGAUAACGGAGGGCGGCUCUGCCCGUUCUCAUCCUUCCAUAUCAGCCAGUAAUUGUUUUGCGGGAGCUAAGCCCAGUUUAACGCCGCUUAUUAAAAAUGAACACUCUC